UUUCAAUAGUUACAUCUCUAAUGAAACUGUAAGUUUUGUUGUGAAGAAUUGUAUAUCGUUGUCUUGAUUUUAAGUAGCCUAUUUUUAACAUUGCUAGUGGCACUGACUAUAAACUUCAUACUUUUGGUAAUUAUUCUGAGCUUGUAUAAAGUUAUUGUGGUAAAUUAAGCGAUAUAGCAUCUUUUCCAUUACUGUAGGUUUGUCGUAACAAAAAAGUUUGUGCUUUUGGCCUAUCAGUACAGCAGGCAGUGUGGAAAUAUUUUAAGCGACACAGCAUCUUUUCCAAUUUUGUAGGUUUGUCGUAACCCAAAAGUCCUUUUGGCCAAUCACCAGAUCAGCCAAGUGUAAAAGACAUCAUGUUCUUCGAAGAUAAAGGGGAGUUCUACAUUGUAGACUUACACACACCUGAAGGAUUACAAGUAUGUGUGGUGCCAGAUAUUUGGUGUUACUACGUAGACGACAAAUUCUGCUGUGUUUGGCCACAUUUUCAUCAGACAAAGGAAAUCAAGAGUAGGACUCAACCCAAGAGAGAGUGGGCCUCAUUCUAUGCGGAUAAGAGAAAUAAGACUUUUGGAAGCUACAACGAAGCUAAAGCCAAAGAAAUUACUGCCACUCAAAAGACAGAUUUAGCUUCUGAGCCCGAAGAUCUUGGAAGGGGUAAGAGGGUUCGCGGGAUGAGGAGACCAUUUUCUCCUGCAAUUGACUACCAUCUUGACUCAUCGUCGUGUAGCGAAGAAGAAGGUGCUUCACAACUGAUGAAAAAUGGAUUGCCUCCUGCCCCAUUCUUAUUGCCGGUCGCCCAGUCAACGGCCCUUUCAGAUGAAGGUACACCAGGAUAUUAUAGUUCGCUACCAAACGAAGAGAAUGCAGUAUCACCAACUCAAGAGAUCUGCAGUCAGUUAAUCAGUUCACCAAUCACUUCUCCACAGUCUAGCAAUGAAGUUGAAGAUCGUUCUAUGCAAAUCCAUGGACAAGUUCAACGCAUGAAUUCAGGCGCUUCUGGCUCAACUUGUACAGAGAAUGUCGUUGCUGGGUCCUCCGGCACUCCAGCAUGUGGUUCAUCUGGGACAAUGGGAACGUUUAACCGUUAUGUAGUAUCACAACAAGAUUUUCACAUUCUUCGUGCCCUGAAGCAAGUCAAUGCUACAAUGAAGGAGAUGGAUCGAAAAAUUUUAUCCAUAGAUAAGAAGGUGGAGAAGACGGCAACUGAAGAAACUACUUUUGCUGACAUCGAAAAUUUCCCAGUAUCUUUUCCGCUAGCAAACGUUGAAAAAUUCAUUAAGCUUGAAGACAUACUAAAUGAAGAUCCAUCUAAAGCUGCCAUUGUGUAUCAGUUAGUAAAGUCGUGUGGUGGGAUGUCGGAAUCGGAUGCGAUUUGUCGGGCGUGGAUCAAAAUUACUUCCAUUGAGUGUCGCUCUGACUGCAAUUGGAAGGGUGUCAAAAGAGGCACUCACCAGAAACAUGGGCUCGAACUUUCAUCGAUUAAGGAUGCUGUAUUAAGGAAUCAGAAUGAACGCUACGUACGCAGAUCUCAAGGAUGCGGUGUUUGAACAUGAGACCAGGAAGUUUUUCGUCCGCGCUCCUGAAAAAGUUCGCACUAAGCUUCGCGCGAAGAAGCGCCCAGCAGGCACGGCUGAUCAUCCACAACUUCCCAAUGGUGUGGAUUGAAAAUCGUCGUUUCAGUUGUGAGUUAAGGACCAUCAUGCCUUACCCCACUUAGUCAAAUUCAAUUUCAACCAAUCAAGAAUCACUUCUCAUGGAUUAUUGAAAAUCCAAAUUCAAUUUCAACCAAUCAAGAAUCACUUCUCAUGGAUUAUUCAAAAUCCAAAAUCAAGAUAUGUUGAAGAAUCAAGAAUGUCAAGUUGGCGCGCCGUGCCGUGCAGAAACCCCUAGUUGCCUAGUAACUUUAUUACAUUCACGUGUAUUAACAUGUAUGUCUGUCCUUAAUUAAUAAAGUUGGUUACGAGAA